GGCUCGGCCACCUCCCGCCGGCUCCUGCGCCUCCCCCGCGCGCCCCCGGCGCCGCCUCGCUCCUCCCGCUUCCCCUUGACCCCCGCGCUCCCGUGCGCGCGCGCCCGCUUGCCUGUUUCCCGUCGCCGUCGCUACCCGGGUCAUGGCGACCUGCUUCUGGCUGCGGAGCUCCGGGCCCCGGCGCCUCGCGUGGACGUUCCCCGGCUGCCGCCUGCGCCCCCACGCCGGCGGCCCGGUGGCUGCCUGGGGUCCCGCGCCCGGCCCGGCCCCGCUCCGCGGCUACGCUGGGGGCCUGGCGAGCCUCUCCGCCGCGCUGCUGCGCACCGACAGCUUCGUGGGCGGCCGCUGGCUCCCGGCCGCCGCCACCUUCCCCGUGCAGGACCCGGCCAGCGGCGCCGCCCUGGGCAUGGUGGCCGACUGCGGGGUGCCCGAGGCCCGCGCCGCGGUGCGCGCCGCCUACGAGGCUUUCUGCAGCUGGAGGGGGGUCUCGGCCAAGGAGAGGAGUUCAUUACUUCGGAAGUGGUACGAUUUAAUGAUAAAAAAUAAGGAUGACCUUGCCAGAAUAAUCACAGCGGAAAGUGGAAAGCCACUGAAGGAGGCACAGGGGGAAAUUCUCUAUUCCGCCCUUUUCCUAGAGUGGUUCUCAGAGGAAGCACGCCGUGUUUAUGGAGACAUUAUCUACACCUCGGCAAGGGACAAGCGGGCCCUGGUCCUCAAGCAGCCCGUAGGUGUGGCCGCAGUCAUCACCCCGUGGAAUUUCCCCAGUGCCAUGAUCACCCGGAAGGUGGGGGCUGCCCUGGCAGCUGGCUGCACAGUGGUGGUGAAGCCCGCCGAAGACACGCCCUUCUCCGCGCUGGCCCUGGCUGAGCUUGCAAGCCAGGCUGGAAUUCCUCCGGGAGUCUACAAUGUCAUUCCCUGCUCUCGAAAGAAUGCCGCGGAAGUAGGGGAGGUGAUUUGUACGGAUCCUCUGGUGUCCAAAAUUUCCUUUACUGGUUCAACAACUACAGGAAAGGUCCUGUUACGCCAUGCAGCAAACUCUGUGAAAAGGGUGUCCAUGGAGCUGGGUGGCCUCGCUCCAUUUAUAGUAUUUGACAGUGCCAACGUGGACCAGGCCGUGGCAGGGGCAAUGGCAUCUAAAUUUAGGAACGCUGGACAGACUUGUGUUUGCUCAAACCGAUUCUUGGUGCAAAGGGGCAUCCAUGAUGCCUUUGUAAAAGCAUUUGCUGAGGCCAUCAAGAAGAACCUGCGUGUAGGUAAUGGAUUUGAGGAAGGAACUACUCAGGGCCCGUUAAUUAAUGAAAAAGCAGUAGAAAAGGUGGAGAAACAGGUGAAUGAUGCUGUUUGUAAAGGGGCCACCGUGGUGACAGGCGGAAAACGACACCAACUUGGAAAAAACUUCUUUGAGCCUACCCUGCUCAGCAAUGUCACCCAAGACAUGCUCUGCUCUCAUGAAGAGACUUUUGGGCCUCUAGCACCAGUUAUCAAGUUCGACACAGAGGAGGAGGCUAUAGCAAUCGCCAACGCAGCUGAUGUUGGGUUAGCAGGAUAUUUUUACUCUCAGGACCCAGCCCAGAUCUGGAGGGUGGCAGAGCAGCUGGAAGUGGGCAUGGUUGGCGUCAACGAAGGACUGAUUUCCUCCGUGGAGUGCCCUUUUGGUGGGGUGAAGCAAUCCGGGCUUGGGCGAGAGGGGUCCAAGUACGGUAUCGAUGAGUAUCUGGAACUCAAGUAUGUGUGUUACGGGGGCUUGUAGGAGUCUUUGCUUCUUUAAAAACAUUUAAAAGGAGGCUCACCUACAUAUAUAGGUACGUGCCAUCUGUUAUUUUAAACAAACUAAUAGGUUUUCAGAGUUAGGAAUUUUUCAAAACUCAUCCGGUCCUCGUAAUCUUAAGCAGAUGCAAAUCCUACCCCUGCCCUUAACCUAACUAGGGACCAAUACGUGCCACGUGCCUGUGGCCGCAGACUCCAGGAGAACCAGCACUGGGUGUACAGAAUGAGGCCCUGGCUCCUCACCGUGGCCUGGGCUGCCUGAGAGGAGGCACAGCGCGAGGCAGGCCAGCCCCUCGGCCGUCACAAAGGCUUGAUCACUGCCGGGGCCGUGGCACCAUUAUCCCCCACGCGGCUCCAGAAUAUGGGCCCAGAGCAACUUGAAGGAGACCCUUGCCUGUGACUGGCGGGCGGGUGAGAGGCCCAGCACCCCUCCCCGGCACCUGCCAGCUCAGCACCGGAGACAGCGAACGUGCCCCUGGGGUGCUGCGGCAGUUUUCAGGAAGCCGUCUUUCAAAAACAAUAAAUAGCACGGAAUUGUCUGUGCUUCCGAGAGACAUGAAGGAGCACCUCUCCCUAUUCCGGAACCAGUUUUUUACUUGACGUCUUUAUUAUCCUAAAUUUACCGCUGAAUUCUAUUUUCAUUUCUGUCCCGUUUGCCACUUCAUUUCCCUUCCUUGAGGAAACGAGCUCAAGUGUAAAGCAAAGAAUAGCCGGAGCAGCUCGGCAGGGUGGAAGGCAUGCAGGGGCAUGGCCUGGCUCCUUCCUGAGCCGCCUUGUUCCCUGGGGCGUGCGUUCAGCACCUCCCGCCCCAUGCAUACAGUGGAGAUUCCAUACAGGCCUUACUUAGCUCCCUGCAAUAUCGUGAGCCAGAGAGAAACUAAAAGUACUUCACAGAAAAGUGAAAAUUCUAAGGAGAUACAAGAGCCAUUGUUACGAGCAGCGCUGCCCGGCCCUCUUUUGCCUACUGGCAAUGGCUUUGCCAAGAUGGGAGGAGGCCGAUGCCCACCUGCCCACCCGCCUGUGCCUGAAUGAAUGGCUACCACCCGUGGCCUGUUCUUUCUGUCCCGGUGUGGUGCUGCUCCCUCACCUCCACAAGAGCAAAAGCACUUUCACCACAGUCAGCUCAGAAGGGAAAGAAUUUCUGUAAUUGCCAAUCCAGUUUGCAGAAGAGGCAUGAGCCCUUGAAUUUCAGGCACCUUUUAGCUAGCAAGAGUUUUUACAGCUCAUCAUUCAAAUAGCACACAAGAAACAAAAGCCCCUAUGACCAGUGUUGCCUCUCACUUUGAAAGAAAGACUCUGUAAUCUUAAACAGAUGCAAAUCCAAUUAAGAAAAUUCUAAGUUCUUCUAGACAUGCCUCCUAGCAGAAUAAAGGUAAUUCCUGGCCAAGUAGGUGGAGAUGAAGCACCUUCCUUUCCCCAUCUUUCUCUGUGUAGCCUCCCCUUACAUCCUGUGGUUAUUCUGGGUUGUAAAAGGAAAAUGUGAAUGAAAGUAGUGCUAGAUGCAAUUACUCCUGAACUGCACCUGGGAUUUAACAUCCCUCACUGACCCACCGGGAAGCUAAGGUCGAGUGAGUAAAGGUCUGGCAAGUCCCUGUACACACAGGGAGCUGCCUGGCACCUGGCCUGGGGUGUACCAGCCACCUCCCCAAGGAGAAGGAAGAGCUGAAAUUCAUCUCCUAGUGACAUGGCCCUGGCCUGUCAAGAAUCACAUACUCAGCAUUUUGACAGCAUUUUGCUCUUUAUUUGUAGAGUUUUUAGGUGGUUUUAUGUAACAUUCUAAUUAUUUAUGAUUUAGAUGUAUCCAUCCUUUUUCUAUUAAGAAUACAAAUGCUCCAAUGUUAUUUUCUCUAAGUCUGGAUUAGUAAUGCUGAACUGUGUGCAGGAAUACUUCCUAAUACAUUUUUAACAUUGUAAGCCAGUAGAUUCUUUGGUUGGGUGGCGAAUUUUGAGUCUGCCUGCAUAUUUGGCUCAGAGGUUCAUAAAUUGAGGGCCAGAGACUCAUUGUAAUCCCCCUGAUCCAUUUUGUAAUUAGAGGAACUGGCUUAUUGUUUAGUCAAAUGGUCCUUGUUUGUGGAAAGAAGGGGAGGUGUUUUUAACUGAACAUUUUGUUGUCUUUUAAAUAAAGUACCCAUAUGUGAUGUGAUUUUAAAAAUAAAUACAUUGUACAACAUGGACUAGAAAAGAGCCAUCACAUCAGGGGUUGGCAAACUAUGGCCCACAAAGCAAAUCUGGAUGAUGCCUGUUUUUAUACAACUCGUGAGCUAAGAAUGGUUUAUAUGUUUUCAAAUGACUGGGCAGAAAAUCAAAAGAAGAACAAUAUUUCAUGGCACCUGAAAAUUCUGUGGAAUUCAGAUUUCAGUGUGCAUAAAUGUGAUCGAGCAUAGCCGUCCCUAUUCAUUUAUGGUACGGUCUGGGCCCGCUUUCUCGGCAGAGUUGAGUCAUUGGGACAAGGACAGUACAGCCUGCAAAGCCUCGAAUGUUUACUGCUCAUCUCCUUAAAGAAAAAGGGGGGCAGCUCCUGAUCUAGACCAGGAGGGAGAGAUUGCCCUUACUUGCAUUCAUCAGGCAUUAUUUCAUUUUACUGGACACCUCCUGUGAAGAAAGUACUUUUCCAGCAUUGCUUCCGUGAGUUCCCAGAGGAACUUCCCGGUGAUGAUAACGCAGAUGAAUUUAGCCCUAUAACAAGAGUCUAUUGGCCUUGAAAAAACAGGUCUCCUUGAACUUCCUCCAGCUAUGCUGGGAUUCUCAUUAAAGAGCUAAUCUGCUUCUGUUUAUCCAUUUCAGUGGCUUUUGAAUAUGACUUUAUGUGAAGUGCUAUUUGUUUAUUCUACUAAAGAGAUGCGGCAGAAUAAAAAUCAGAAGCAAAUGUAAGCAAAACUGCUUUAUUGUUAACUUCAGUUAUACACUUGAAAUUGUGCCACAUGACUUUUUCCUCUAAAGACUGGAGCCUAGUGUUUUAAUUACCUAUGUGCAGCUAUUUUAAAUAGCACUUUACUUGAAUAAUACUGACGCUGUCAUUGUUUCAUGCCGUACUUUGUGGGAUAAAAUUUAGGAAUGAAUAUGGUGAGGAAUUUAUAAAGUUUUGCUUUUUAAACAUGUGAACAUAACUUAUUUUUCUAGUUUCUGACAAUUGUGUGUUUCAGAGUCUAGCCUGCAGACAGAGUUGUGUGUGCAAUUAAUAAAUGUUGAAUGAACAAACUUUCCUCUCCCGGU